AUGGAUAGAAAAGUUGAAUCUAAAGGGAAAGUAUGUGUAACAGGUGCUUCUGGUUUUCUUGCAUCUUGGCUUGUUAAGAGAUUACUCUUGUCUGGUUACCAUGUCAUUGGAACUGUCAGAGAUCCAGGAAAUGAGAAGAAAAUGGGGCACUUAUGGAAGCUAGAAGGAGCAAAGGAGAGACUUGAAUUGGUGAGAGCUGAUUUAAUGGAAGAAGGCAGCUUUGAUAAUGCUAUCAUGGGCUGCCAUGGUGUCUUCCAUACUGCCUCUCCUGUGCUCAAACCUUCAUCUGAUCCAAAGGCAGAAAUCUUGCAGCCUGCCAUUGAUGGGACAUUGAACGUGUUACGUUCAUGUACGAAGAAUCCAUCCAUGAGGCGAGUGGUUCUCACUUCAUCAUCUUCAACCUUGAGAGCCAGAGAUGACUUUGACCCUAAAAUACCUCUAGAUGAAUCAUCAUGGAGCUCAGUAGACCUUUGCGAGAGACUCCAGAUUUGGUAUGUCUUAUCAAAAACCUUAGCUGAGAAAGCAGCAUGGGAGUUCUGCAACAAGAAUGGAAUCGAUUUAGUUACCGUUCUUCCUUCAUUCGUAAUCGGACCUAGUUUGCCACCAAAUUUAUGUUCCACAGCUUCUGAUGUCCUUGGCCUACUUAAAGGGGAAACUGAGAAAUUUCAAUUCCAUGGAAGAAUGGGAUAUGUCCACAUUGAUGAUGUUGCAGCUUGCCACAUCCUUGUUUUUGAGCAUAAAAAUGCCAAUGGACGGUACCUUUGUAGCUCAGCAGUGUUGGAUAUUGAUGAGUUAGCUUCUUUGUUAUCAAAAAGAUAUCCUUCUUUACCUAUCCCAAAAAGGUUUGAGCAAUUGAACAGACCAUUCUACGAGUUCAGUACCUCUAAAGUGAAGAGUCUUGGAUUUGAGUUUAAGUCCAUUGAUGAAAUGUUUGACGAUUGCAUUGCAUCACUUAAGGACCAAGGAUAUCUUGCUUGA